CCCUCCUCAUUCACACACAAACACUUUACUGUCUGUCCCCAACAAUGGCAUCCAUAGCCAGAGAUGAAUCCGACUACGACAGCAGCUCCUCCUCCUCCAUAACCGUCCCAGACUCCAGUCGGAGCUGGAUGAGCAACACCAGCUUCGGCAGUCGCCGCAGCUCAGUGUCUGUGGCUUCAUCAUCAGCUGAAACCACCCCCAAGCCUCACAAAGCAAACCAAGCCGCUUGGGAGGCCAUGAAGCGCCUCCGAUUAACCAGAGGCCAUGUAGGUCUGGACCAUUUCCGGCUCAUUCGCCGUCUAGGAAGCGGAGACAUAGGAAACGUCUAUCUUUGCCAGAUAAGGAACCCAAUGGUGGGGUUGCCUCAGUGUUUCUAUGCCAUGAAAGUGGUGGACAGGGAGGCUCUUGCUGUGAGGAAAAAGCUUCAAAGAGCUGAAAUGGAGAAGGAGAUUCUUGGAAUGCUUGACCACCCUUUUCUUCCCACUUUGUAUGCUGAGUUUGAUGCUUCUCACUACUCCUGCUUGGUUAUGGAGUAUUGUCCUGGUGGUGACUUGUACGCCGCUCGCCAGCGCCGACCUAGCAAGCUCUUCAGCAUUGCUUCUGCCAGGUUUUAUGCUGCGGAGACCUUAUUAGCUUUAGAGUAUCUUCACAUGAUGGGAAUUGUCUACAGAGACCUUAAGCCAGAGAAUGUGUUGGUAAGGGAAGAUGGGCACAUUAUGCUUACAGAUUUCGAUCUCUCUUUCAAAUGCGACGUCGUUCCGAAGCUAUUAAGGUCGAGAACCAAGAUGGAUGAAGCCAUUAUCAGUGACAUUAAGCAUGCAAUGAUCAAGUGUUCAACUCCUUCUUGUGCUCGCUAUAGCACUACUCCCAUGAAGCCUGUCCUCUCUUGUUUCUCAGCCAGGAAAAAGAGAACCACCACAAUUACAACAACAACAAUCACGGAAAAAAUUGAUCAUGAUAACAAUCAUGAUGAUGGUGAUUAUCAUCAUGAAGUCAAUUAUGAUAUAGAGUUAGUGGCAGAACCCAUCAAUGCAAAAUCAAAGUCAUUCGUUGGGACCCACGAGUACUUAGCACCAGAGGUGAUUUCAGGACAAGGACAUGGUAGUGCAGUGGAUUGGUGGACUUUUGGGGUGUUCUUGUAUGAAAUGCUGUACGGAAGGACACCAUUCAAGGGUGAGAACAAUGAGAAAACCCUAAUUAACAUCCUCAAGAAACCAUUGACCUUCCCAAGAAUGUCAUCAGCAAGCUUUAGUAGCAGUAAAGAAGUUGAAGAGAUGGUCAAAGUUCAAGACCUUAUAAGCAAGCUUUUGGUGAAGAAUCCCAAGAAGAGAAUUGGGAGCUUAAAGGGUUCAGCUGAGAUCAAGAGGCAUGAAUUCUUCAAAGGAGUAAACUGGGCUUUGAUUAGGUCAGUUAAGCCUCCUGAGGUACCCAAAAAUGGUUGUUUUUACAAGAUCAAUAGGGCUAAUUACUUUCCAAAGUUAAGCAAAAAAGAGAGAGAUGAGCCUUAUCAAGUUCCUCAUUAUUUCGAUUACUUCUAAUUUAUUCAAUUUACAUGUAAAUAUUGUUAAUUUAUGAGUUUAUCUACGCUUUUAUUUUAUUCUUGUA